AUGGCGGAUAACAUGUGUGGGCCAUCAAAUGCCCUGCAGAACUUCCAAAAGCACAGUACCGUCGAUCGGACAUUGCAACAGGACCGUCUUGUCCAGAGACAUCCAACUUCACAAGGCUUCAGGACCUCCAGUGCCAAUACCGGUCUCCUAGACCCAGAAUUCGAAGCCUUCCAAGCUGGCCACCUGCCUUUCGAAGCCCAAGGCUUGCGCCCACACCCACAAGGCUUCGUUGAAGCGCCCCAGACCUUCCAGCAACCUGGCGCGUCGGGAUGGGCCUCGGAUUUCCAACGCUUGAACAUUUCAAACCCGAUCCCUCAGCUACACCAACCGUUUAGAUCGCAAGGACAAAAUACAAAGGGGUGGCGUCAAGAAUUCGUGCGACACCAGGGUGAUGUGGCGGCGGAUAGGAAUAUGCAACUCCCUGCUGGUCAGGCAGGGCCUUCAUAUCGAUUCUCGUCUAUGAAUGGGAUUAAUAUGGGCGGUCAACACAUGGGCGGUCAGCAUAUGGGGGGAUUUACGAGUGCGCAAGCACAGUCGUCUUCGAUGGCGCAGGAGAGACAGCAGGAAGAUGUGUUCGAUGAGGCGGCGUUCGCGCGGGCAUUUGAGGAGGCUGCCCAGCUGGAAGAUGAGGUUGCACAACAAGGACUAGAGGCUGAGCAAGAUGAUUCUCAGGUGGAUGGCAUACAAGAAGCGGCAAGCCAACAACAACAAGGUCAACUAGGCGAAGAGAUCCUACUCGAUAAGUCUGCUGAGCGGCUCCUGGAAUCAGAGGAGACUCUUACCACACAAGGGCUUAUAGGCGCAGAUCAGAUCCAUCACCCGUCAGGCACAAAUUGGCAAACCCAACAUCAACCUCAAGAUCACGACGCGCUUGCUCGCACGGCGAGCCAGUUACUGGAUAAUGUACAGGAUGACCAAAGCUCCAAGUUUCAGAACAGUAACUUUUUACGGUUGAUGAGGCAGCUGAGGGAUAAAGAGGUGACGGUUAAGGGAGAUAAGAUUGUUGGGACAAACAUGGGCGAGGAUGUGGAUAGUCCUGCUCCAACCGAGGCCUUGGAAGCGUGA